GUCAUCUAAGUCAGGAUCGCCAGGACGUCGACCAACUCUUCGGCUACACCCGCGCCAUAAGGGAAAUCCAGGCCCAAGACCCCUGGGAAAACACUGCUUAUCCGGUUUGGGCCGGUCUAGCUCCGCGCUAAUCCGGCACCCACGCUAUAUCUCUCCCAUAUUAGUGUAGUUGAGCAUAUGGAGGUUUACCAUGUGUUUGGUCUGAUCAUGAUAUUGACAGUCCUUCGACCUGAUGUUCUGUCGUCGGAUUCCUCCAGGAGAUCCUUUCGGUAGUAAUCGAUGACGUCAUUUCUCCUCGCAGUAUCACAUCACCGCACCCAAGCUCAAGCUCACCGAGCAAUCCUCAACGUCCGAAAUCCAAACAAACAUCUCCAUUUCCAAAUUCCAUUCAUCGCAGCAAAGGCAAAAGACCCUUAUUCCAGCUCUGCAUACUCUUUUCCAACCGUACAAGUAAAAAUUGCAAGCGCAAAUCUUCAUAACAUAAUGCCCUCAGACCUCAAGGACAAAAAUGGCGAGCCCAUCCAUGUGGGUGACCACGUGUUUGCUCGCUCCCGCGGUGGAAGACAUGAAGGUGAAGUGGAAAAGAUUGUCACGAGCAAGGAGGAGGCAGAGAAGGAAGGGGUGAAGCACCCGCCCAAGGCGCUUUUCACCGACCAGCAUGGUCAUCAUGUGGAGCAUAACCCGGAGGCGUUGCAGCAUGGGGAAUAUGCUCCUGGAAAGUAGUUCUCCAGCUUAGGAAAAGUAUAUCGCUGGGGGCACGUUUGUGAUGCACGAGUCAGUAUACAAGCUACGAAUUUGAGGAUGGCUAAUAUCAAUUGGUCCGAUGGUGUAGUUGGUUAUCACGUCAGUCUAACACACUGAAGGUCCCCAGAUCGAGCCUGGGUCGGAUCAUAGAAAAUUUCUCUUUUUCUCUUCUUCGUGGAAUGAAGUAUUGUUGAACUUUUUUUCACAUUCUUCCCGUUGCUUUUUGGUG